CCAACAUGACGGACCCAGUGAAGCUUGUUCUGAGGUAAUCUCUAGAAACGUGUUUCUUUGGUAUUUUAUCUCAUAUGCCAGUGAGACUCUUAUGAGGUCACUGUACGUAUCCAUGUAUCCAUGUGUCCAUGUCUCCAUGUGUCUUGUCCAAUUCAGCAAGUAGAUGGCGUCUUCCCAUAACACACACAGGCGCCUCAUCCCUCCUGAAGAUAGCUGAGUCACAUCUCCAGGCGCGCUCAUUGAAGACACUUCCGAGGCUGUAUUUCGCGGGGUCUGGCGCUCAAACACAAUGUUGACGAUCACUCUGAAGACCCUCCAGCAGCAGACGUUCAAAGUGCAGAUAGAUGAGGAGUUGACGGUAAAAGCUCUUAAAGAGAAGAUAGAGGAAGAAAAGGGGCAAGAUGCGUUUCCAGCUGUCGGUCAAAAGCUAAUCUAUGCAGGCAAAAUUUUGAACGAUGAUAUACCUCUAAAAGAAUAUAAUAUAGAUGAGAAGAACUUUGUCGUGGUGAUGGUUACAAAGCCCAAACCUGCAGCACCGCCACAAGCUCCUCCUCCUGCUCCAGCACUGGCGGCCGCCACUAGCGCUAGCCCUACCACUAGCGCUACCGCUAGUGCAGCCACGGUCAACCCUCCCGCGCAUCCGCCCUCAACUCCUGCUGCGCCUCCUGCUGCCUCCACAGUGCCUGUAUCGACCCCGACUCCCGCUCCCGUAGAACCAGCGGCAUCAGAGGAGCCGCCCGCCCCGCCCGUCACAGCGCCCCCUGCUGCCUCGGAGGCUGUUGUCGAAACGCCUGAGCCUGUUAGCGCGACUCCCGCUCCGGUUUUAGAAGAGGAGAGCCAGGCAGUGGAAGAGGAGCAGGCCAUCGCCCAAUCAGAGGCCAGCAUUACAGAUGAAUUGGAUCUUUUAGAAGCAGCUGCGUCCAUACUAGUUACAGGUCAAGCGUAUGAGAAUUUAGUGACGGAAAUCAUGUCAAUGGGUUACGAGAGAGAACAGGUGAUCGCCGCCUUACGAGCAAGUUAUAACAAUCCGGACAGAGCCGUAGAGUACCUGCUUAUGGGUAUUCCCACAGAAUCGGAGCAGCCGCCACAGGAAGUAGUGCGGCCCACGCCCGUGUCCAACCCCACCCCUCCAGCACCACAGCGACCUCAGCCGCCGCCCGCCGCAGCCGGUGCGGAGUCGGGUGCGGCGCAGGCCUCGGCAAACCCGCUGGAGUUCCUGAGGAAUCAGCCGCAGUUUCAGCAGAUGCGUCAGAUCAUCCAGCAGAACCCUGCGCUCCUGCCAGCGCUCCUGCAGCAGCUGGGCCGCGACAACCCGCAGCUCCUGCAGCAAAUCACGCAACAUCAGGAGCGGUUUGUGCAGAUGCUGAAUGAGCCACACGGAGGCGAGGCCGGAGCACCACAGACCAACUACAUCCAGGUCACGGCGCAGGAGAAGGAGGCCAUCGAGAGGUUAAAAGCUCUGGGUUUUCCUGAGGGACUCGUCAUCCAAGCCUACUUCGCCUGCGAGAAGAACGAGAACCUCGCCGCCAACUUCCUGCUCCAGCAGAACUUUGACGACGAGUGAACGUGAACCGUUUAGACGCGGCGACGCUCGGGAGGACGGCGACGGAGAGAAUGCAAGCGCUAGGCCCCAUGUUGUGCGCGUGUGUGCGUGUGUGUGAAUGCGUGCGUUAGAGCGAACAGGACGUCGACUGGUCUUCCAUGAUGACUUUCAUGGAGUUUAAACUGAAGCCAUGACGUGAAGUUAUUAUCAGCAAAGCUAAUUUUUAUUUUUAAUUUUUUUCGAUAGAUAUAGCCGAUCCUCCGCGACGAGGCGUCCGUUGUCUGUCUGGUUUCUGCUGCUAUCUCUGCUGUGUGUGUCGAGUGAGGUUUUAUUUAUCACAGUUAAAACCCUGCCAAAAAAAACUCUUAAGGUCAUUUCGCGCCAUUGUUUUUCAGUAUUAAAAACGAGACGAUUCUGAGUAGAUGCCAAAUUUAAUUUGUCGUCUUUUUCAACGUUGUACCAUUUUUAUUGCGUUUUGGAGUCACAGUUACAUCAAAUUAAAUAUGGCGUCUACUUAUGCCACGUUUACUCUUCUUUCCAUACGAGUCCAAAGUUUACGCAGUGGACGUCACUAAAACUAUCCGUUAAACCAUUAAUAUUACAAAUAAACCAAAUGUUUUGCACUGCAUGGGUAUGUUGGUAUCUUUAAACCCAUGUAUAAAAUAAGAAAACUGUCAAUAAUGUCUACAAUUAUUAGUUCUUGAUACUAAACAGCAUUGAUAGUUGGGAUGUGACUAUCUGGUUGGCUACUUAUUUAGAUUUAAUUUCCAAUAGGUUUAUUUCUGUUAUGCGAUAGGGGCGGUUCAGCCAAUUCUGGUAUCAUUUACUCACACUUCACUUCUUUCUUCUGUUAAACACAAAAGAAGAUAUUUUGAUGAAUGUUGGUAACCAAACAGGUGACGGUAGCCAUUGGCUUCCAUAGUAUUUUUUUAUGUACUUUGACAGUCAGUAGCUACCGUCAACUGUUAACUGUAACCAAACUGGUGAGGGUAGCCAUUGGCUUCCAUAGUACUUUUUUCCGUCCUAUGGAAGUCAAUGGCUACCGUCAACUGUAACCAAACUGUUGACGGUAGCCAUUGGCUUCCAUAGUAUUUUUUUCCGUACCAUGAAAGUCAAUGGCUACCGUCAAUUGUAACCAUAGUAUGGAAGAAAACAGUAUGGAAAACAAGUCAUUGGCUACCAUCAGCUGUAACCCAACAAGUGAUGGUAGCCAUUGAUUUACAUAGCACUUUUUUCCGUAUCACAGAAGUCAACGGCUACCAUCAACUGUCAACUGUAACUAUAGUUACACUUGUAAGUCGCUUUGGAUAAAAGCGUCUGCUGAAUGUAUAAAUCUAAAUGUAUAGUAUGGGAGAAAAAAAACAUUAUGGAAAACAAGUCAAUGGCUACCAUCAACUGUAACCAAACAGGUGAUGGUAGCCAUUGGCUUCCAUAGUAGUUUUUUCCACACUAUGGAAGGCAAUGGCUACUGUCAACUGUAACCAAACAAUUGACGGUAACCACUGGCUUCCAUAGUAUUUUUUUUCAAUACCAUGAAAGUCAAUGGCUACCAUCAACUAACCAAACAGGCGACGGUAGCCAUUGACUUCCAUAAUGUUUUUUCCAUACCACGGAAGUCAGUGGCUACUAUUAACUGUCAACUGUAACCACAGAAUGAAAAAAAAAAAAAAAAAAAAAAAACACUA